ACUCGUUGCCACCGGAGAGGCCGGUGACCUCUUGGCCGCCCCGCCUCGGAGGCUCAGAUGGCUCAGGCGAAGAUCAACGCGAAAGCCAACGAGGGGCGCUUCUGCCGCUCCUCCUCCAUGGCCGACCGCUCCAGCCGCCUGCUGGAGAGCCUGGACCAGCUGGAGCUCAGGGUGGAAGCUUUGAGAGAAGCAGCAACUGCCGUUGAGCAAGAGAAAGAAAUCCUCCUGGAAAUGAUCCACAGCAUCCAAAAUAGCCAGGACAUGAGGCAGAUCAGCGACGGAGAAAGAGAAGAAUUAAAUCUGACGGCAAACCGUUUGAUGGGACGAACGCUCACCGUUGAAGUCUCUGUAGAAACAAUUAGAAACCCCCAGCAGCAAGAAUCCCUAAAGCAUGCCACCAGGAUUAUUGAUGAGGUUGUCAGUAAGUUUCUGGAUGAUUUGGGAAAUGCCAAGAGUCACUUGAUGUCACUGUACAGUGCAUGUUCAUCCGAGGUGCCACCUGGGCCUGUUGACCAGAAGUUUCAGUCCAUAGUAAUUGGCUGUGCUCUUGAAGAUCAGAAGAAAAUUAAGAGAAGAUUAGAGACUCUGCUUAGAAAUAUUGAAAACUCUGACAAGGCCAUCAAGCUGUUAGAGCAUUCUAAAGGAGCUGGUUCCAAAACUCUGCAACAAAAUGCUGAAGGCAAAUUUAAUUAGUUUUGAAACAUAGGAGCACUUACAAAUAAUGACAUAAAAAUGAUUAAACAUUUGUUCUUUGUGUUAGGCAUAACAUUUGAUACUGAUUGUUGUUUCACAUGAGGAAAAUAUUCCAGUGUCAUCAGUUUUGUGAAUAACACAAUUAAAUCUAGAAAUAUUUUAAUUAUCUUUCUAGAAGUUUUUAGAUUGAAUUCGUGUCUUGUAUUAGGCUCUAGCACCUAAUAUAGAGAAUAUAUAUUUUUUACUAUUCUGUGGAUAAAUACUUAGUAUAUAGGAGAGAGUAACUGCUCAGCCUGGGCCAAAAGCAUUAUUGUUCUUUCCUGGGCUUUGUCUGGCAUAGAGACACUUGGGCACAUGGGGCAUUUGGUUGACUAGAAAUUCUUGACAAACUUACCACUCAUCUACUGUUAACUAAGUAGUGUGCUUAAAAGGACAGAAGGAAUCACAAAAUAAGAAUCGUUCCCAACAUCUUCUUUUUCAUAAAGCACUUUUUCUGGACAUCUGUAUCAAAUUAUUUUGAAUUUAAGAUUUAUGCAUCUGAUAAAUGAAUAUAUUUCUUGAUAUAUAUGAAAACGUGACAUAAAGUGUGAAAGAAUUCACAUCUAAUGUUAUCACUGUGAACAACUAUAUGUCCACUUCAUCUUUUUCCAAAUGCAUCAUUUCUCUAAAUUUUUAAUCAUUGCAGAAAUACAGU